AUGACCACCGCUAAAUCCUAUGACUAUGUGAUUGUCGGAGCGGGGAUUGGUGGGCUGGUGCUCGCCUCCCGACUGACCGAGGACGCCGAUGUGACAGUGCUGGUGAUCGAGGCUGGGGCUAACCGCAUGGGCGAUCCGCGUAUUGAUACCCCUGGAUUUCUGAGCACUCUGUAUGGCAACCCUGACUUCGACUGGGAUUACAUGAGUGAGCCUCAGGUCCACGUGAAUAAUCGACAAAUCGCCCAGCCUCGAGGCCGGGUGGUGGGGGGUACGUCCGCCAUGAACUUCUCCGUGGUGAUGUAUCCGUCGGAGUCGAAUUUUGCGGCUUGGAAGUCGCUCGGCAACGAAGGCUGGGGGCCAGCAGACAUGGGCCCUUACCUCAAGAAGUUCCACACCUAUAGUCCUCCAUCUCAGGAGACGUCAACCUUGUUGUCCCUCGAGCGCUACAUGAGCCCGGAGAACCAAGGGACCAACGGUCCGGUUCCCAUCACCUUGCCCGAUGUCUAUGGUCCCUUCAACCAGGCCUGGGAUGAGGCCUUUGCCCGCCUGGGCUGGCGCACCGACGCCGAUCCCAUCGCCGGUCGCAAGAUUGGCGCCUUCACCGCACCGUUGACGGUCGAUGGCAAGACUGGUCAGCGCGGGUAUGCAGCUGCUUAUUACACGCCAGAGGUAGCGCAGCGUCCGAACUUAGACUUGCUUACAGAGACGAUGGUCGAGAAGGUGGUACUGACUGAGAUUGAUGGUGAUGUGGUCGCAACGGGGGUGCAGGUGCGAUCCAAGGACGGUGAGCGUCGCGAGAUCCCGGCAACAUGCGAAGUGAUUCUCUGUGCUGGGAGUCUGAAUACGCCUCAGCUCCUCGAGUUGUCCGGAAUCGGCCAGCGGGAAUUGCUAGAAAAGCACAACAUUCCAGUUGUACUCGAUCGUCCGGGCGUGGGAGAGAACUUGCAGGAUCACUGCCUGGCGAGUAUCAACUUCGAAGUAGCGGACGGCCAGGUUUCUGGUGAUAUCAUGCGGGAUCCCAACGUGGUACAGUCCUUGAUCCAGCUCUACGAACAAACGCGCGGUGGCCCCUUAUCGGGUAUGCCCAUCAGUAUGGCAUACCUGCCCUUAGUCGACCACGAUGGUCAGCUCUCCAGCGACAAGGUGUACGACCUGCUCUCCAAGCACCUCGACCAGAAGAUGGCAGACCUGCCACCUGCUCAGCAGAAGCAGUUCGCGCUUCAGCGAGAGCUGCUCCAGGCUGGCCAUAAUGCCUCUUCGCAGUACAUGCUCAUGCCGAUCCAGACGCACAUGCUCCCUGGCGCCACCACUCUCGCCGACGUACUGGCCAAAUCAAUGCCAGGUAACUAUCUCACCGUCAUGGUGCUGCACAACCACCCCUUCUCCCGUGGAUCGGUGCAUAUCCGCUCCGCAAAUGUGGACGACAAGCCCGUUUUCGACCCCAACUACCUCUCUCACCCCCUUGAUCUCGAGAUUCUGGCCCGUCACGUCCAGUUCCUGGACCAGAUCGUCGCAACUGAGCCGCUCGCAAGCAUGCUGAAACCCCAAUCUCGUAUUCCUCAGGGGGUCGUGGACUAUAGUGAUCUUGAGAAGACGAAAGAGGUGGUCAAGGAGCGGUUGUAUACCUGCUUCCACCCGGCAGGCACCUGCGCCAUGAUGCCGGCGGAGCUGGGAGGUGUGGUAGACUCCAAGCUUAAGGUAUAUGGCACACGGAAUUUGCGCGUGGUUGACGCCAGUAUCUUCCCCUUGGAACCUGCCGGCAAUAUUCAGGCGACAGUGUAUGCGGUGGCCGAAAGAGCAGCCGAUUUGAUCCGUGGUCACUAA